UAGUCUCUUUGCUGCUAGUCCACUGUGUGCUCGCGUCGUGUCCAGCAACAACGACGGCGACGAAGGAAGAAGGAAGGGGAAUCGCAGCCAUGGGCGUGAUGGACAAGCUCAAGAUCUUCGUCGUCAAGGAGCCCGUCGUCGCCGCCUCCUGCCUCAUCGCCGGAUUCGGUUUAUUUCUUCCAGCAGUUGUUAGGCCAAUCUUGGAUUCUUGGGCAGUUGAGGAACAAGUCGCCCCAACCCCACUAAAGGAUGUGAUUGCAGGUGUCACCAACAAGACAAACGCCGAGCUCCGGGUUGUUCCAACCUUCCGCAGCAGCCGCCAUCACCACCACCCCAAAGAACCGGAGCAGUCCAAGGCGGCGCUGCGGCUUCCCCAUCUCCGGCGAAAGGAAAUGACUACCGUCCCGGGGUCUCUCGUCUGGGAGCUUGUCAAGAAGAACAACUGCUUCCUGAUCAAGCAGUUCGGCAACAGCAACGCCAAGGUGCAGUUCAGCAAGGAGCCCAACAACCUCUACAAUGUCCACUCCUACAAGUUCUCUGGCUUGGCGAACAGCAAGACUGUGACGGUCCAGCCAUCGGCUGGAGAUGACAAGGCAGUUGUCCUGUCCACGACCAAGACCAAGAAGCAGAACGCCCCUGCCAAGCUCCAGCACAAGAAUGUGAUGCGCAAGGAGUUCCGCAAGAUGGCCAAGGCUGUCAAGAACCAGGUUUGCAACAACUAUUACAGGCCAGAUCUGACCAAGCCGGCUCUUGCAAGGCUGAGCUCUGUGUACCGCAGCCUCCAGGUGUCCAAGUCUGGCAUCAAGAAGAAGAACAGGCAGCCAACUAAGCUGUAAAAUGCAUUAAGGUUGCUUCGACUGCUCAAUCAGUUUUGAAUCUUAAGUGGAGAAACCAUGUUACAAACCCGCCCUAGUUUGUGCUCUGACAGUGUUAGAAUGCUUUGUGUCGACCUAUAAUUAUUGUUUAUUUUGCACUGAUGAUGGCUCCUUGUGUCUUUAAACUUGUGCUCAUGGUAUUCUGCUAUUCUAUUUGGACCCAA